AGAGCGCGAGAGAAAUAGAGAGAGAGAGAGAGCGCGAGAGAAAAUAGAGAGAGAAAGAAGAGAGAAGAUUUGGAGAGAGAGAGAGGCCCCUGUGAUCAAGGGUUCGCAGCCCGGGGCCUCCUCACAACCAAUCCGAAUUUCGCCGGAAACGGCCGGAAAAAGCUACAUUUUCGCGGGUAUCCGGUCGAGAGACCCUAAUUCCGCCUGAAAACCUCCAUGAACGAAUCCUUGACGUGAAGCUUGAAGUUCCUUGCAAUGCAGGGAAAAGGCUUGUGCUUUGGAGGCCCCUUCACGGCACAGAUGCCAAGAUCCCCUUGCCUUAUGCCGUAAUCCAUUCCAUGCUUCGUGUUUUUUUUUCCUUCCUCUUCUUCUUCUUGUCUUCCCGUUUAAAUAAAUGGCUUAGGCUUUGUUCGUUACACUGAGAGACUGCAUACCUGGCCGGAAAGUUAACUGGAAAAGUUUAAAAAACGGGGAUUUGGCCGGAAACUAAGGUCGGCGUGGAGUUUUUGGAAGAAAAAUUCUAGGCUUGUAAUUUUAGACCGAAAAUUGAUGGCGAGAUACUGAUCUGGGUUCUAUUGCGAGUUCUUCAUUUGAGAAACUCGUCCGCCUGAAAAGUCUUUCUACUGUACAUGGACCAUAUCUUGGUCUCAGGGUCUCACUCAUUUUCCAUAGUUCAUGAUUUUGAAAAUGCAUGAUGCCAUUUGAAGUGGAUGCAUGUAAUGUCUUCAUCAGAUGUUCAGAUUUGAAAAAGAUGACAGACCAGAGGAAGCUGCCUUCUCUCUACUCUCCUUCAGUGGCUUCAUCCUUCUUCUCUGAGGACAAGAGUUUCCCUGCAGAGAGACAAGUGGGAUUUUGGAAGCAUGAAUCAAUGUCAGAUCAACAUGGUGUAAGGUCAGAAGAAAUGUCAGUAAUGUCAGGCAGCAAAGCAGUUGGCUCCUCCCCUCUACAGAAAUUUGGUAUAAUAGGAGCCCACUCUGUGGAUUUUUCAGAGCUUGCUCGGCCUUAUGCUUUUAAAGGUCAGAAACCCAAGCUUGCUGUUGAAGGACGCCUGGUUGGGGCAGAGAGGACAGCAACUCUGUCCACGAAUUCUUGGAAAUCUAUGGAACAGGAGUUGGGAUUGUGGUCAGACUUUCUUGUACGACCUGCUGCUUCUUUUGUGGGAGGAAAUUCAGAGAAGCUAGAUGCACAAAAAGCCCACUUUGAGAAUGGUCUCUUCUCAAGCUCCUUUUCAGAGAUAUUUGAGAAAAAACUUAGUUUAACGUCACGAGAUGCCCUAGUUGGUCAGUCUAUUGAUGCAGUUGGCCCCCACCUCGAGGACGAUAUGCCUUUCGAAUCUCUAGAAGAAAUGGAGGCCCAGGCAAUUGGUGACCUUCUUCCUGACGAUGAUGAUCUGCUUUCUGGAGUUCUUGAUGAGAUUGAUUUCAGUGCCCCACCCUGCAAUGGAGAGGAUAUGGAGGAGUUUGAUUUGUUUAGCAGUGGAGGUGGAAUGGAACUAGAAGGUGAUGACUGCUAUGGAGGGGGCAAGAACUCAGAUAUUGUUGGUGGAAUUCCCAAUGGUCAGCAGGGUGGAUCAAAUAGUAGCUCUUUUGCUGGAGAACAUCCUUAUGGUGAACAUCCUUCAAGAACUCUCUUUGUGAGAAACAUCAACAGCAGUGUUGAAGAUGCAGAACUAAGGGAUCUUUUUGAGCAAUAUGGUGAUAUCCGUACACUCUACACUGCAUGUAAGCAUCGUGGUUUUGUAAUGAUUUCUUACUAUGACAUAAGGGCAGCACGCAAUGCAAUGAGAGCUCUUCAGAACAAGCCAUUGAGGCGUCGAAAACUUGACAUACACUUUUCAAUUCCAAAGUUCAACAUUGUCUAUUGUCAGGAUAACCCGUCAGAAAAGGAUAUUAAUCAAGGCACACUAGUGGUUUUUAACCUAGAUUCUUCUGUCUCAAAUGAUGAUCUUCGCCAAAUAUUUGGUGUUUAUGGUGAAAUCAAAGAGAUUCGUGAGACUCCUCACAAGCGUCACCACAAGUUCAUUGAAUUUUAUGAUGUUAGGGCAGCCGAAGCUGCUCUCCGUGCUUUAAAUAGGAGUGAUAUUGCUGGGAAGCGGAUUAAGCUUGAGCCAAGUCGUCCUGGUGGUGCAAGACGGUGCUUGAUGCAACAAUUAUGUCAAGAAUUGGAGCAUGACGAGGCGGGUCUGUGUCGACCAAGUGGAAGCCCUCCUGAUAACUCACCUUCUGGAUGCUAUGGUUCGUUCCCACAUGGAACUAUUACACCUGGCUCCUUAGAUAACGGGGCUAUCCAAGGUCUGCAUUCCACCAUCCAAGCACCUUUAAGUCCGUACAUGGAUGCCCCAUAUCAUGGGAUCUCCUCAAGUGUUCCCCAUGCGUUAUCCUCACCAGUUAGUGUUGCUUCAGCUGCCAACCAUGACAAUAGUCUCAGCGAGCAAAGCCAUUCUGUGGGCCACAAUAUGAACUUCGGUUUUCAAGGCAUGCCAGCUUUCCAUCCUCACUCGCUUCCAGAGUAUCACAAUGGUCUCAGCAAUGGUGUUCCCUAUAAUUCUCCGGGUGCCAUAUCUGGCCUAGCUGGAAAUAUAAAUUCCAGACCGGCUGAAGGAGUUGAUGGCAGGGCAAUCCAUGCAAGGGGUUCUAAUGGCUUCAACAAUCAUUCUUAUGAGAUGAAUGAAAACGUUCUUGGUGUUUCAGGAAAUGGAAGCUGCCCUUUACAUGGACCCCAAUUUGUUUGGGGAAACCCUAAUGCAUAUCACCAUCCUCAUGCUCCAGGACCCAUGAUGUGGUCAAGCUCCCCAUCGUUUGUUAAUGGUGUUCACAGUCGACCCCCUCAAUUGCAUGGAUUUCCUCGUGCUGAUGGCCACCUCGUAAACCCUGUUCUUUCUCUUCAUCAUCACCAUGUGGGUUCAGCACCUGUUAUGAAUCCCUCCCUUUGGGACAGAAGACAUGGUUAUACAAAUGAAUCAGCCGAUGCUUCUGGAUUUCACCCAGGUUCUCUUGGAAGUGUGGGCUUUGCUGGGAGCUCUGGUUUGCAUCCCAUAGAUCUCGCUGCUCAUAACUUGCUUGGGCAUCAUGGUGCAAACAAUAUGAAUCCUUCAUUGUCCUCUCCAAAUCUAGGUUUGCCUUCUCCUCAACAUCGCCACAUGUACCCCCCAAGAAGCCCAAUGAUGGGUAUGCCUGCUCCAUUUGACAAUCCCACAGAGCGGGCUAGGAGUCGUAGGAACGAGGCAAGUUCUAAUCAAGCUGACAAUAAGAAGCAGUAUGAGCUUGACAUUGAUCGAAUCUUGCGGGGAGAAGACAUACGAACCACGCUUAUGAUCAAGAACAUUCCUAACAAAUACACAUCAAAGAUGUUACUGGCUGCCAUUGAUGAACGCCACCGAGGAACUUAUGAUUUCAUUUACUUGCCAAUUGAUUUUAAGAAUAAAUGCAAUGUUGGCUAUGCAUUCAUCAACAUGACUGAUCCUAUGCAGAUCGUUCCAUUCUUUGAGGCAUUUGAUGGUAAGAAAUGGGAGAAGUUUAAUAGUGAAAAAGUGGCAUCACUUGCCUAUGCGCGGAUACAGGGGAAAGCUGCUCUCAUUGCUCACUUCCAGAAUUCAAGUUUGAUGAAUGAAGAUAAACGAUGCCGGCCUAUUCUUUUCCAUUCAGAUGGUCCAAAUGCUGGUGACCAGGAGCCAUUUCCAAUGGGUGUAAAUGUCCGAACAAGGCCAGGCAAAUCGAGAUCAAGCAGCAAUGAGGAGAUCUCUCAAGGGAGCCCUCCGACCUCUGGUACAGGGGAUGACUCUUCUAAUGGUAACGACUCCUCAAAGGAUGGAGAAUGACCCCUUGCAAGAGCCUCUCAUAAUCAAUAUCACUAACUACACAGCAAAGUGGGAACCAGAAAACCGGUAUCUUUGGACCGGUUUUCUUUUUUCUUCCUUUUUUCUCUUUUUUUUCCUCAGAAUUUGAGUAAUUACGGGUUUUGGGCUGACACAAUUUUUUGUGGGUGAGCCGAAGUUUUGAAAUAUUUUUGAUAUCAAGAGGCUGACGAGGCAGAAGACGGGUGUACAAGAGCUUGGCGUGAAAGUAUGUACAGGAGGAGUUUCAGUGGUCGGUCUUUGUUAUUUCAGUUUCUCUCUCUUCUUUUUGUGCUGUUAUUGAGGGCUUCUCUCUCCAUGUCCUCCUGUUUUAUUUUUCUUGUGUGAGAUUAGAGCCUUUGUGGUUCUGUUUUGGAGUGGAAAGAAUGAAUGUAAUAUGGAAGGGUCGGUGUAUUUUUAUGAAUUUUUGACGUGCAUCUGAAGGGUUGGGUCUAUAUGUAGUUAUAUAUUUAUGGUUGACGUGCAUCUGAAGGGUUGGGUCUAUAUGUAGUUAUAUAUUUAUGGUUCAGGUCUC